UGUGGUUGGCUGUCGUUUGAUCUUGUCUGACGCUUUAUCUCGCUCAGUUCUUUUCAGACAGGUAUAUUCAUCACCAUGCCGAAGACUGCCAACGUCGUCCUUGCCCGUGGCAUCAACGCCAUCUCUCGCAACAGCCUCUCGAAGAAGAAUGGCCGUGGCAAGAUGAUCAAGAAGGGUGGCGAGAAGAAGGUCGCCGCCAAGAAGGUGUCCACCAAGAAGUGGUACCCGGCUGACUACAUCCCGAAGCCGCUGCCGUCGGCCAAGACCAAGCGCAACAGCGUUAAGACCGCCAAGCUGCGCAAGUCCAUCACCCCCGGCACGGUCCUGAUUCUUCUGUCGGGCCGCUUCCGUGGCAAGCGCGUGGUCUUCCUCAAGCAGCUCGCUUCGGGCCUGCUGCUCGUCACUGGCCCGUACAAGGUCAACGGUGUGCCCCUCCGUCGCGUGAACCAGUCGUAUGUGAUCGCCACGUCGACCAAGGUGAACGUUGAGGGCCUGGAGCUCCCUGCCAUCGACGACGCCUACUUCGCCAAGGAGAAGGCAGCCAAGAAGAGCAAGGAGGAGCAGUUCUUCGCCCAGUCCAGCGCCGUAAGUUCCCUAUUUCAUUUUUUGCUAUCCCUUGAAAGCAUCCCGUUCCGGUUGGUCGGUUCUUCGAAACCACUACACUCGAUCCGCCCACAACCAGCAGCGUAGUGGUGACGCAAUGGAGUAUCAAGAUCGACGAACCCUAUGAGAUCUCUCUUGUUCUUCGAUUGCUGAACCGCUUCCUGUGUGGCAGAUCAGACAGGGAGCUCAAUGUCUUUAGACACAGCUUCCUGUCACACCAUAUGAGCGCUUGGGAUCGCUUGCUUCGGCAUAUAAGCUCCCUAUAAGAGACUGACCGUGUUGCUGUUAAUUCUCUAAGGCCCCCGUCAUCUCGGAGCAGCGCAAGAAGGACCAGAAGGCCGUGGACUCGGCUCUGAUCAAGAAGCUCGAUGCCGAGCCGUUCCUCAAGGCCUACCUGAACGCUAAGUUCUCGCUGACCAAGAACGACCGCGCUCACGCCCUCAAGUUCUAAGUGCGCUCUUGCUAUCUUGUGUAGUAGCAUGGUGUGCAACGGAAUGAGAUGAAAAGAACAAUAUACCUGAUGAAAUUAUCACCAAC